AGCAUAUUACCCCAUCUCUUCGUUCUCCUCUGCUUCCUCUUUCUUUGCGAGCACUCCUCCUUCUUCCACUCCUCGUAGAAGAGCGCGCGAGAGAGAGCGACGGUGACACCGGUGAACUCCCUCUCCCAGGCGCUCGUUCUGAUCGAACGACGUCGAUUCCGGAUUCCACGCAGACGAAGAAAAAAGGGCUUUUCGUUUUCCAUAUUUGUUUCUAUGUAACUGUUGUGGUGGUUGCUCCUAUUAUUUUCUUUCGAUAAUCUCCGUCUCUUCCUCACCGCAAGCAACGAUGCACAAGAGCAACCAAGAGCUGAGCGUGCCGAAGAUCGUCGGCGACUUUAAGGUGUACAACGUCAGCGGCUCCCCCUUCGAGGUUCCCACCAAGUACACCCUUCUCAAGAUUCUCGGCAUGGGGGCCUACGGCAUCGCCUGCAGCUGCCUCGACAACGAGACGGGCGAAAAGGUUUCCAUUAAGAAGUGCCGCGACAUCUUCCGCGACGUCGAGGACGGCAAGCGCGUGCUGCGCGAAAUCGAUAUGAUGCGCUUCUUCCACCACGAGAAUUUGCUGAACGUGCUGACCAUCCUGCCGCCGCUAAAAGGAGACUACAACACCUUUGAGGACGUGUACGUGGUGACCCCGCUAAUGGAUGUGGACAUGAACGUGGUGCUUCGCUCCCGGCAGGUGCUCGAGGAGUCGCACAUGCAGUACUUUGUUUAUCAAAUUCUGCGCGGUCUCAAGUACCUGCACAGCGCCAACGUCGCGCACCGCGAUUUGAAGCCAGCGAACCUGGUCACGAACAUCUCGUGCGAACUGAAGAUCAUCGACUUCGGCCUGAGUCGCAGCGUCGACGUGCCCUUCUCGGAGUUAACGGACUACGUCAUCACGCGCUGGUACCGCCCACCGGAACUGCUGCUGGAGAACACGAACUACUCCACCGCGGUGGAUAUUUGGUCGGUCGGCUGCAUCUUCGCUGAGAUGUACAACCGCAAGCCCAUCUUCCCGGGCCGCAACACGAUGGACCAAUUGCGCAUGAUCGCCCAGCACAUCGGCAAGCCGCCGGCCGGCAUCGUUGAGCACAAGGAGGCGCUGGAGAAGCUGAAGGAGCUGCCUGAGGGAACGCUCAACAUCCCGAAGCUGGUGCCGGGGCUGGCCGGGAACAAGGAUGGCAUAGACUUCCUCGCCAAGAUGUGGACGCUAGACCCCAGCAAGCGGCCCUCCGCGGCCGACAUGCUCGCCCACCCGUUCCUCGCCCACCUGCACGACGAGGAGGACGAGCCGGUCUGCCCGCGGCCAUUUGAUUGGGUGCACGAGCGCCACUCCAUGGGCGUACCGGAGCUGCGGCGAGCUUUCUGGGGAGACAUCGUAGACUACAACGCCGCCCUGGCGCACGCCACGCCGCCUGCUCGGGGCAACGGUGGCGGUGGUCGUACCUCGCACCAUCACUGA